UAAAGGUUUGGUUUACAAACUGGAUUAUCGUAGGCGUGAAUUCUUCGAACAGCAGUUCCUGCGGAGGAUGUUUUUGCGGCGUUAGGACCCUGGGGACAACUUCUCAUUCUCACAAGGCACAAUGCAAUUUGCAUGCGUUUCUUCUGCAAGGCAAACACGGCUGUACGAGUGAAACCCAAACCACCGGAAGAUCGAGGAACAGACUUGCAUAUACUCCCCUGGUGUAGGAUCACUAUCGUGAUGGGGAGCUUUCAAUCUCUACCGGAUAACCAUCAAUAUCGAACCCUGUCACAGAAGACAGGCUUUUCACUGGAGCAGAUCGGAAUCCUCCACAAUCGUUUUAAGCAGCUCAGUCAGAACGAGGAAACAUUACGGAGAGAUGACUUUAAAACAAUCCAAGAUUUGGAAAGCAACCCAAUUCGGUCCCAGAUUGUAGAGGCUUUCUUUGAUAAAAGGAAUUUCCAGAAAGAUGAUGUGGGAUCCGUGCAAGAAAUUGGUUUUGAGGAAUUCCUUACCGUCAUGUCGUACUUCAGAGCACCGACCCAUCAUAUCACAGAGGAGCAGAGAGAAGAAAUGAGGAGAACCAAACUGCGCUUUCUAUUCAACAUGCAUGACACAGACAAUGAUGGAACAAUAACACUGGAGGAAUACAGACAUGUAGUCGAGGAGUUGUUAUCCCGUAGUGGAGCUCUUGGAAGGGAGACAGCUAAGGGCAUUGCAGAUGCUGCAAUGCUGGAAGUUGCCAGUAUCUCAGUAGGUCCCAUGGCACCUGAUGAGUUCUUUGAAGGAAUAACAUUUGAGCAGUUUUUGAAGAUUCUUAAAGGAGUUGAAAUUGAGACGACAAUGCACAUUCGCUUCUUAAACAUGGACACAACUGUAUUGUGCAAGUAACAUUCUUUCUAAAUACUGCUGGUUAAAUGUAUACUUUCUAGUAAAGUAAGCACUUUAUUAGAUGAGGUCAGUUUGGAAUAGUUUGGAUAAAUCUCUACUGCUAUGAACUAUUUAUAGGAAGCUCAGAGUGUGGAUUUGACAAAAGUUAAAAAGCAAUAAGAAGGAAAGUAUCUUAAAAUCUGAAACUCCUAGCUUUGCAUGCACAUAUUACAUAAUUAUAGUCCAAUACAAUUAAUACUAUGCAGGCAUUUAUUUAUUUAUUUAUUUGACUUGUAUACACCCUCCUAUUUAAAAAAAAAAUGCAAUGUUGAAUGCUUAUAACCAAAUGCAAUUCAGUUUUAAUACUGAAUAGAACAUUCGUAUUAUUAACACCGAUAUAACAAAAGCAAAAUUUUGUGUGCUCUUUUUAUGUGUGAUCUGCAUAAAUACUAGUAAAAUAAAACUACUUGAAUCUAUAAUCUGAAAUAAAGAACUGCAGUUACUCUUAUCGACCAGCAGAUGCUGCUAAUGUAACAGCUUUGUUUGUGUCAGUGGAUAUAAAUACUCAGGUUUAUGGCAGAAACUGUUUGUGUCUAAUAAUAAGCAUGUUUCAGCCUGUCCUUGCAAGGGCAACUGGAAGUUUAUCAACAAAAUUUCAUUAUAAAUUAUAUAUUAAAUAUAUAAUUAUUCAAAAACAAAUAAUGUCGUAGUGGCAUUGAUGAUCAGUAACUGCUAGUGUACACCACAGACCUUUAAUGAAUAUUAUCAGCCACGUACUGUAUAUUUCAGUAACAACAAACUUUGAGAGAUACAGCUCAAGUUGUGCUCUGUUAGCAGUUAUAAAUUGUGCAGCAUUAUGCAAAUGUAGUUUUGUUUUGCAUAAAGCGUUUUUGUAUUUGCAAAAAUGAAACUAGAAUUUACUCUGUGAUAGUAGUCAGUAAUCAGUCAAAAAAUGUCUCAGAAUGAAGAAAUUAAUGUUUCUUCUGUUAACCUUACAACGGAAAAAACCUUACAACUCUUCAUGCAAUUACAUUGUGUAUUGAAUCUGCAACAUUUACCACAAUAAAACGGCAUCUUGCAACA